AUGUUCAACAGCAGUCAAUUCACCCCCAAAUAUUUCCUUCUGACUGGUUUCCCUGGUCUUGAGUCGCUAUACCCUUGGUUUAUCUUCCCAUUCUGUUCCACGUACCUUGUGGCCCUUAUGGGUAAUAGCCUGAUCCUGGUGGUGAUCAAGAAAUAUGCCUCUCUGCACCAGCCAAUGUAUUUGUUCUUAGCUAUGUUGGCCUUUGCAGAGCUUGGUGUAUCUGCCUCCACACUGCCUACUGUCCUAGGCAUCUUUCUUUUUGGUGCCAACAAGAUCUGCUUUGAAGCCUGUCUGUUACAGAUGUUCUCCAUACAUUCAUUUUCCAUCAUGGAGUCAGGAGUUCUGCUGGCCAUGUCUGUGGACCGCUUUGUGGCUAUCUACAACCCCCUGAGGUACACUGCCAUCCUCACCCUGCCUCGUAUCGCUGGCACUGGUGCUGCACUUGGACUGAAGAGUGUGAUGCUUAUGUUUCCCUUGCCUUUUCUGCUGAAACGUUUGCCCUUCUGUGGACACAACAAACUUUCCCAUUCUUACUGUCUUCACUCUGAUCUAAUCCAACUGCCUUGUGGGAACACGCGUCCUAAUAGCAUUCUGGGGCUCUGCAUUGUUACUUCCACUUUUGGACUAGACUCACUUCUCAUUGUCAUCUCUUAUGUGCUGAUCCUCUAUACAGUCCUGGGCAUUACCUCUGGGGAGGGGCGGCGGAAGGCCCUCAAUACAUGUGUGUCCCAUAUCUGUGCAGUCCUUGUGUACUAUGUGCCUAUGAUCAGUGUAGCUCUGGUGCACCGCUUCAUGAAGCAUGCUGCCCCUGCCAUCCGCUUACUCCUAGCCAACGUCUAUCUCCUGGUACCUCCUGUGCUCAAUCCCAUCAUCUACAGUGUUAAAACCAAACCCAUUCGACAGGGGCUAAUCCAACUUUUUAUUCAAAGAAAAUAG